CGUGGCAAUAGUUAUUUUCGGGAAUAUAAUUUAUUUAUUUUAAGUGGCAGACUCACUAAUGAGCUCACAAUGCAUGAGCCCGUGAAAAAGCCCCAGCAAUCGGGUUUGUCCAGUGGCUCGAGCAGCACAGCGGAGAAGCUCUGUUUUGACAAAAAUGAGUUUAUGAAACCCAACUUUUCGGUGGAUGAGUUUCUUCACAAAAAUCGCAAUGCACCCAGUCUGGAACUGUUACGGGACAACCUUGGCCUUUAUUUAAAGGGGCUACGUGCGUCCAUGAUUGAUCUGAUCAAUGAAGACUAUGCGGAUUUUGUCAGUCUCAGCGCUAAUUUGGUGGGGCUGGAUCAGUCAAUUGAAACAAUACAGCAUCCGCUGGAACAAUUUCGAAAUGAGAUUGAAAGUAUUCAUAGCCUUAUCGCGGAUAAUGUUAGCGAACUGCGGCUGCAACUUGAACAGAAGCGGCAAAUACGCGAAUGCAAACGUAAUCUACAGAGUUUGAAGAGGGUCUAUGAAACCAUAGCAAAGAUUCAGGAUUUGCUGGCGCGCAAGCUGAAUGGUGAACAUCCAGUUCAGGCUGUAGACUUGGAACGCGCUGCCUUAGAUUUGAUACAGUUACGUUUUCAUGAGAAAUAUUGUGUAUCGUAUCUAAAUGCCGACCAUCAAGCGCAAAUCCAACAAUUGGACGAGCAGCUGCAUCAACAGCUGCGUCGUUUUUUUAUCGAUGCACUGCAACAAGCCAGCAGUACAUCCUCAGAGCAUUUGGAGCGAUCUUUGCGUAUAUACAUAACAUUGGAUGCAUGCGAGGCAGCCGAACGCGCUUUUCGCGAGGAUGUGGUGGCGCCCUAUAUGAGUGGCAUUAUUUGUGAACAGCAGCUUCAGAACUCCCCUCAGGGCUUAGCUGGCAUAUAUAGCAAGAUUUUAAACUUUAUAUCGCUACAUAUGACCGAUCUUUUGCGUUUAACAUUGUACUCAGACAAGCUGUGCGGGUUUGAUUUCGUUGUAAAUAGUUUUUGGGCAGAUGUAGAAAUGCGUUUGGAGCUACACAUGAACUCGAUCUUUGCGCCCGGAAAUUCUGAGGUUUUCUAUGUUAAAUACAAAUGCACAAGGGAUUUUCUGGCUAAGAUCGAGGAGCUGCUCACUAGUAGUGGUGAGCAGGCGGUACAGGCUUAUCGUCAGCAUAAGCAAACUAAAAGUUUUGAAGCUCGCUGGAAUCUUCCAGUGUACUUUCAAAUCUGCUUUCAGGAAAUAGCCGGAGAAUUCGAAUCGAAACUGGAACCGUUGCUGACCAAUGACACACUUAGCUCCCAAUCUGAUACCGAAAAUGGUGACUAUCAAUUAUCCACUUUUACUGCUACUCGCACGGCGCUGGCACAUUGUUGGGCUGAAGGAGUAUAUUUGCCGGAAGUCUUUCCCAAGUUCUACAAGCUCAGCGUGCAAAUAGUUUUGCGUCUUUCUCGUUGGAUCACAGAUGCCAUUGAAGCAUCAAAAAGCAGCACAUUCAAAGCUACAUUUACACGUAAUCAGCUGCUUAUUGCUUUGCACUCGGACAUUCGCCGAUUAGACGCUUACUUGCCUCAGUUGCAACAGAUCAUCGUGCAGUCAGUGGCCACAAAACAGCGCGUGGCGCUCUUUAUGGAUAUGCUCUCAAAAUCUAUGGCCACGUUAUCGGACACGCUUAGCGCUCAUUUGGCUUCCAUACAACAGACAUUGGUGCAUCUGCUUAUUACUGAGUGUGGCACUGAGAAUGUGCGCCAGGUUAACGAUUUGCCGCGUUUGUAUCGUAAAACCAACCGUGAGGUACCCACACGCUGCUCCAGUUAUGUGGAUCAAAUGUUAAGGCCGCUGAAGUCGUUCGUAGCACAGCAUGAGAAGCAACUGGGCACACUUGUCAUGGAGCAGGUCUUGGGCGAAGUGUGCAGCAACAUAACCAGAGCCUAUUACAAUGUUGUGGGCGAAGUUUUGACUUCCGUGCAAAAAACGGAAGAAUCUCUACGACGUUUGCGAAAUCUGAAAAGCGGUGCAAAUCAAAUGACCACCAGUGGCACAGCUUCCACUUCCGAUGACGAUAAAAUACGUUUACAAUUGCGUGUUGAUGCGGCCGCUUGGACAUUGGAGUUGUCCAAGCUGAACUUUCAGCCCACACAAAUUGACAAGCUUGUUGAGCUCAACAACAUGAUCGAGGAAAGCAUAAAAUUAAAGGAAAGCACUCCUUAAUCCUGUUAAUGAACAGUAUACUAAUUAAUCCACUUUAUUCACUCUUAAUUCGAAACGUUGCUUGAUUUCGUUAGGCACAAUUAUUUAGUAUUGUAUAUUGAUUGUAAAAACUACGAAUUGUAUAUAAAAAUA